CGCCCACGAGACAAGGCAACGGACUGACACAGUUUAGACUGCGAGUGAUCUACCUCCGCGGAUUUGAGAGAAUUUGUUUACAGAAAAUUAUGCUUUACAAAGUCAUAAGCAGGCAGUUGCUGCGUUUGCCGAAGGUCCAGCUGCGGGUGCAUUGUGACUCUGCCAGGUGUCAGUGCACUCUCGUUAGCAGUCAGAUACUCCAUGAAGAUGGCAUCCGUAACCACUUUAUGGACAAGGAAUCACCAAGAAUACUCAUAACUGGUGGUCUCGGACAAUUGGGCACGCCGUUAGCGCAAGCAUUCCGAUCCAAGUUUGGAAGAGACAGCACAAUUCUCUCGGACAUCAUCAAGCCUAAAAAAGAAACAUUCGACAGUGGUAAGAAGGAACAUUAUAUUUUCGAUAACAGGUGA